CCUCAGGUCGGGAAAUGAUGGCCGUGUGUUGCCUGGAGGGGGCAAAGGUUCAGAACGCGACCUUGCCUUUGUGUUACCACAUAAGUCAACAGCUGAAAAUGACGCUCGGCCCCGGUCUGUGUGUCCGGGAGUUCUAUUCCUGCUGCAGAGACACAGCGCUGGGACAGUUCAACUGGGCCAAGAGAGCGCGUCUUCAGACGCUGGAGGACCGGGAGCCAGAGGAGAUGGAGAUAAGUCUGACGGACGAUGGUGAGGUGACCAAGAUGGCGGACAUUCCGUUGAGGACAAACUUCCCCGAGUCUUGGUGGUUUGAGGAGCAUGUCAUCGGGCCAGACGGCAAAACAGAAGUGAACUUCGCCCUUCCUGACUCCAUCACUACGUGGUCAGUCCAGGCAGUGGGCGUGUCCAAAGAGGCGGGACUAUGUGUAGCUCCGCCCCUGCAGCUGGCGACCUUCAGCUCUUUCUUCAUUCACCUUGACCUUCCUUACAGCGUGAUACGGCUGGAGCAGCUGGAAGUGCGAGCCACCGUGUACAACUACAUGAGUCGUCGACUGAGGGUAAACCUGGUCCUACAGAGCGUGGACGGCGUCUGUUACUCCGGCCAGCCUGGGAAGAGCACCGAGAUGGUCAAGCUAGAGAUAGAGGCCAACGACGCAGGCUCCGCCUACUUCCCCAUCGUGCCUCUGGAGAUUGGAGAGUUCCCCAUCAGGGUCAUGGCCUUUUCCUCCUGGGGGAGGGACGGUGUGGAGAAGACGCUCAGAGUGGAGGGCGAAGGUAUCGAAACGAUCCACACCAUCUCAGUCAUGCUGGAUCCAAGUGGGAAGAGAUUUCUGCGGAGUCGAUCCUCCAAUCACUCCUUCUCCGUGAAGAAUGAAGUCCGUGUGGCGGAGAAACGACAGAGCGUUGAGCUUGACCUUGACCUUCCCCAGGAUGUCAUCCCAGAUACAGACAGCUACCAGAGACGUCGGUAG